AUGGCGCUCGCAUCCGGGUUCUGCCCGCCGCUGUCGUGCACCACGGGUGCGUUCCAGCGCGCCCCCUUCUUCCUGGGCUUCGGCUUCGGCAGCGAGUGCUGCGACCCGUCGUUUGCCGGCUACUACGACUACGAGGAGUACGCCCCAUCGAGCCCUUCGCCGCUCACGAGCUCCAAGGACUACGCUCCGUCGAGCCCCCUGCAGUCGCCGGAGCCGGACUACACUCCCUCGAGCCCGGACUACACUCCGGCGAGCCCUGACUACACUCCAGCGAGCCCGGACUACACUCCGGCGAGCCCUUCGCUGUCGCUGGAGUACACUUCGUCGAGCCCUCUUCGGCUCGCUUUCAUGAUGCCGUCUCCUCUGCGCGGCGCAUCCCCAGACUACACGCCCCUGACGCCGUCAGAGCACGCUGCUUCAUCACCUUACUAUACUCCGUUGAGUCCUCCCGGUCCUGGGCCAACUUCUUCGCCGGAUUACACGCCCAGCACGCCGCAUCCGUCCCCCCCGGCGGUGUCUGACGCCGAGUCGUGCGCGUCGCCGUAUUACACACCGUCAACUCCUUCCAGGAGCGCCGAGUCGCCGGACUACACGCCCAGCACGCCGCCUCCAUCGCCCCUGGCGUCAGAAGCAGACUCGACCAUGUCUACAGCGCGCUGCCGCCACCAUCCGUACCAGAGGAGCGUCACCAGCCGGAUCAACCGCGGCGGACGGCAGCGAGCCUUGGGAUAUUGA